UUAUAAUUUUGAAAAUAUUCCUUAUAAUUUUAAUUUACUUUAUCGUGCAAGUAGGGAUGGAAUGGAUACUAAGCAAUUCCGUAAUAAUUGCAAUAACAAGGGAGCAACUAUUGUAAUUACACAAGUUAAAGGAACGAACCAAAUAAUUGCAACAACAGAUAGUUUUAUAUUUUCAUUUGCAGAUAAAAAAGACAUAAAUACUGCAAUAAUUGGUCGAGUCAAGAAUACAAAUAGUGCAAUAUUUUGUGCUGGUACUCUUGGACCAGCAUUUGGACCUGGUGCUGAUUUGUAUUGUACUAGUGGGAAGCAAUGGUAAUGCUCAUCGCAGAACCAUUAUUACUCAAUUAAUUUACCUUUCAGAACGUUUUUUGCAGAAGAUUAUGAAGUUUUUCAAGUUAUCAAAAAACAAUCAAUUGGCUAGAAUUUGUAUACAAUAAUUUAAAUUCGGAUGAUGAAAUUAUUACGAUAAUAAAUUAUCCUAUUUGCAUAAUCUCGGUUCUUAUU